AUAAACUUUCAGUAUUUCAUGAAACUGAUACGACUAGUUGGAUAUAUGUAUGAAUAAUUGUUUCAUACAAUCCGUUCGUAUAAAGGGAAUUACAUAAUAAUGGGAAAAUAUGUUCUAGUACUAUUCUUUUUUUCGUAUAUAUAUCAAUUUGAUGGCGUACAAAUUGAUUCUCAUCCAGUUGUUCUAUGGCAUGGAAUGGGAGACAGUUGCUGCUUUUCAUUUAGUUUGGGACGAAUAAAAAAAUUGAUAGAGAAUAGGAUACCUGACAUUUAUGUGUAUUCCAUUCGACUGGGAAAUAAUGAAAUAGAGGAUGUCGAAAAUAGUUACUUUGGAAAUAUUAAUGAGCAAAUACAAGAAGUUUGUCAACAAUUGUUGAAAAAUGAACGUCUUAAAAACGGCUAUAAUGCAAUUGGAUUUUCUCAAGGUGCUCAAUUUCUGAGAGCGGUAAUUCAAAGAUGCCCCAAUCCCCCAGUUAAGAAUUUCAUCUCCUUGGGUGGUCAACAUCAAGGCGUUUUUGGAUUGCCAAAUUGUGGAACAUUGAAACCUAAGAUUUGCAACUAUAUAACUCGCAUGAUCAAAUAUGGAGCCUACUUACAAGCAGUUCAAGGAAAAUUUAUUCAAGCAACGUAUUGGCAUGAUCCAUACCAAGAAGAAGAAUAUAAAAAGAAAAGUAUGUUUAUGGCCGACAUCAAUAACGAGCGUUAUAUUAAUGAGACGUACAAAGAGAAUCUUCAGAGAUUACGUACCAUGGUACUAGUUAAAUUUACUAAUGAUACCAUUGUCAAGCCUAUAGAAACGGAAAUGUUUGGAUUUUACAAACCAGGACAGGGAUCGUUAAUUCAAACAUUGGAACAAUCUGAUUUAUAUCGUGAGGAUCGUUUAGGUUUGAAAAUGUUACACGAUUCUGGGAGAAUUCAUUUUCUUAAUGUACAUGGGAACCAUUUGCAAUUUACGGAAGACUGGUUUGUAGAUAAUAUAAUAAAAAAAUAUUUGUUAUAAGGAUUAAUAACAUUAAAUAAUGUAUAAAGAAUUAACCUUUUUAAAACAAAUGUUAUGUAUGUGUAUACGUAUGUACAUUUCACUAUCUUUGCUUAAUACAUAUAUCAUUAUUGUAUCUACGUAUUCCCUUCACUAAUGCACAUUCUUCUCCUCUAAUUGGAUGCUAUUGCAAUAAUUUAAAUAUGUAUACUUUUUGUAAAAACUACACCUAUUCAUCAAUAAAUUUUUGUAUCUAUUA